CAACAGGCGAGAGCAAUAGACCAAUUGUAACUGCGAGUGUGUGUGAUGAUGUCUUCCAAUCCCAUCUUCCCUGCUUCUCGUGCCGAGUUGAAGGCACUGCAUCCAGUAAGUUAUGCAGUACCAUGUUGGGACGCGUCGGUGUGGGUCGGAUCUGGUCGGRCUUUGGGACAGCAGUCGGRUUGAAACUCCAUGUUCGAAUAAGGUGCCGAAGAAAGAGAAUUUUUUCGACAUUCCGUCGUGUUCUCUGACAGUGCCAUUGCUAUUGCAUUGACGUUGCAAACCGAUAUUUAUUUGCCAAAWURCGUACUAACCAUCGAUACAUUGCUGCUUCAAAYCACUMCGCAUUUGUUUGUUUUUCCAUCCCACAGGUGAUWGAGAUCACGUGCGCCGAUUCGAAGUCGGAAUACGACGAAGUCAAGUCGAGAUACGGCCAUCCCGUUGUUGCGGAUACUGCUGGAGCCGAGGUAAGUGUUUGAAAAAAUUGCGGAGAACACGGUAUCACAUCACAUGGCWCUGGUAUUUUCCGAAGGCAUGGGGAAUGUUAUGUUGUAGAGAAUGUCAGAUUUGUCUUGCCGUGCAUAUCGUUUUACUCUGCGCAURGAAGCUUCCCUUGCACUCCAGAAUGGAAGCAUCAUUCAUAUUCCUUCUCAUCACGAUUGUUUUGCAUUACAUUUCCCUKAAUAAUGUCCCKGUCGGAUUUUUCACCGGUGCUAUCGGAUUCCAGUAUCGAGCUCGCGUUACGGAAUCCUAUAUGGCUGUCAGAAGUGGAGAGUGCAACGGCUUAUUCGAGGAUUUAAUUGCUUGCAACGGAAACAAUAUCUACGAUUACGCCAAACAAUGCAAGCAAGUACGGGAUUCGUUGCAGAUGUGUGCUAUUAAGAACAAGCUCGGAGAGCUUAGCAAAUAAAGCAAUAACAUUAUGGUUUAUUU